GUCGAUGCUUCCUGUGCCUCCAUCAGCUGUGGGUCCAGCCAUCAGCUUAGACCUGGAUGUGGAUGAUGUGGAGAUGGAGAACUAUGAAGCAUUACUGAAUUUGGCAGAGAGGUUGGGCGAAGCAAAACCACGUGGACUCACAAAAGCAGAUAUAGAGUUACUUCCGUCCUACAGGUUCAACUCAGAAAAUCACCUGUCUGAACAAACGCUGUGUGUUGUGUGCUUUAGUGACUUUGAGUGUAGGCAGCUACUUCGGGUAUUACCUUGUAACCACGAAUUUCACGCCAAAUGUGUGGAUAAAUGGUUAAAGACCAAUCGCACUUGUCCGAUCUGCAGAGCCGACGCCUCGGACGUUCACCGGGAGGUGGAGUGAAAACAGUCUCUGAGUGCUGAACUUGAAAGCCUCUCACACCAGAGUCUGUGUCAACGCUGGGGACACCUGCCACUUAACCUGCAUCCUCCAGUAAAUAUAGCUUAACGACCCACCACUCCUGUCUUCUUUCAAGACACACACAAAAAAAGAGAAAAAAAAAAAGCAGUCCAGGAUUGAUACUGGAGCGUGUUGUACCUCUGCUGUGCUACAUUGUCUGAGUGUCCUGAAACCCACUGCCUACUGCAGCCUAUAGCCAGAGUUCUGGGGUCGCCAGCCAGUUCUUUCUCUGCCCUCGUGUUGCAGAUUCCAAAGAUUUUUUCCCCUACAAUGCAUUAUUUGCUGCUUUUGUUUACAGGGUUUCCUUUUUAUUUUGUGGAUUCGGUGUGAUGUUCACAAAAAAAAAAAAAGAGGGGGAAGUCCUGCAUUGGAGGAGAUGAGCUGGUAGCCUGGAGGAUGUUAGGCUGGACACGUUGUGCAAUUAGCAGAAAACAACAACAACAAAAAAAAAAGAUAUUAGGAGCUCUUUAGCGUGGGUAUCUGUGUUUGGAUACGCUUAACCAUCAGAGAUGCAUGUUUGUGUAGUUGUUGGGCAAUUUGACUUGUUAAUAAUGUAUGUUCUGCAAUAAUGUAUCGAUUCUUUUUAACAGUUUUACACCUUUUUAUUUGUUUUCAACUUUGCCAAUGCUAUUGUGAAAGUGUGGCAAGGCUGUGGUCACAUGCAGAUUCUGUUCAGCCCGAGGUCAAGGACUGCAAAAGACGUGGGGGACGUGCAGCUGCAGGGUGUGUGCGCACCCUCACCAUCCACUCUGGAACACAGAUCUGUACAAAAAGCAGUGGUGGAUUGAUGGACUGCGUCUUUUUGAGGUCAUCUGCCAUAACUGCACAAGUGCUACAUCCACCCUCUACGUCAAGCGUUGUUCCUCCGGCAAGUGCGUUGCGUGUGUGAAUAUAGUGCGAGUGUGCGUGCGUGCGUGUGUUUGUCCUGUUCACAGAGCCAAUGCAUUUUGUGUAACCACUGGAUACAGGGCAGCAUGCUAGGAUUUGCAUGAACUGUUGAUUCCGACUAGCAAUAUUUUAAUCAAGCAUCGCCACCAAAAUGAUCCACUUUUAAGGAGAAAAAAAAAAAGAGUCAUAGAAAAAUACUAAAAGAACUGCUUGCUCACCCAAAAAGCACCACGAGGGGAGAAGAAGAAAAACAAAUAGCACGUGGUUACACUCUGUUUAAAAGAGAGGGGAGGAAGACCUCCUCUGAAGGCUUUACUGUUGCUGUAGAGCUGUGUGCAGAAAGCAAUACGUGCAGCGAGUGGUGAGUCUUAAACGAACUUUUUCUUCCCCUUUUUAGGAAGACUUGGGGCUUUUUAUUUCUUUGUGAGCCAAAUCCGAUACACAUAUAUAGCCUACUGUUAAAGAUUUCAAAUCUGCCUUUUUAUGACGUUGACAAGCACAAAUCUGUUACCAAUCCUUUGUCAUUUCAACCUACUUUGAACAGUUAUAAAAAURUUUAUUUAUUGGUUUUUAUUCUUGAAAGGAAAAAAAAUCCAUUGAAGGAAACAGUUGAAGCUCUAAUGUUUAAGGAAGUUGUGUUAAAAUCUGGGAAGUUGGUUCAGAUCGUUACCGUAGGGCCAUAAUGGUGGUGUUUAAAAAAAAAAAAAUCAAAGCAACUGUAUAGCUUCAUUGUGAAUGCUUUUAAGAAAAAAAAAAUGUUUGAAGACAGAAGAAUGUUAAACUCUUGUAGAAGUCACUGGUGACGCUCCACACUAACACCUGCUGUCUUCACACAGCCGGAGCGUUCAGUAGUGUAGAAACACUGUUAAGACUUCUCAUCCCCUGCUCGUGUUAACACUAACAAAAAAAAAAAAAAAAAAAAAAAAAAAAAACAGGAUAUACUCGGGGUGGGAAAAGAAAUGGAAAAAAAAAAAGAAAAAGCAACAAAUGAACUUUUUGCUUUGAAAUUUCUUUCUUUUCUGAGCUGCCCCAGUAAGCACUAACAGGCAGUUGUAACCUUUGCUUUGAUGUGUAAAGGGUUCCUUUGCCUUUUUCUUUAACUUUUGUUUAAGUGAAUGUGUGUCUUUGACGUGUGCCACCUUUCAAGAGUUAAAAAAAAAGUAAGCCAUUUAAUGAGUUAAACCCACAGCUUUGAGAAUUAACCUAUGUGUACAUAUCUAUUUGCUGGCAUAUAUUGUAUGUUAAAAAAAAUAUCACUCAGGGCCUCUCGGUAUAUAAAAAUAAAGAUGAACAGUCCAUUUCAAAUGGAAAGGAUGCCAUGAAAAAGGGUAUAUCUGAAUUUAGUUUGGUCAGUUUUCUUUGACCAUAAAUGAUUUAAAUGUAAUCAAUUAUAUUAUUCUGUUUUGUCUGAAAUAGUAGAUAUUACACCAUAUAAAGACAGGCAUGCAAGAAAAGAUUAAAACAAGUAUGUUACCAAUAUUCACUGAACAAGACGAUAACUCAUUACAAGUGUAUUAUUCAGACCUGUUUGACCUUUUGUUCUUGUACUCAAACAAUGCGUUCAGACGUAGCAGUUGUGAACCCAUAUCUAAAUGUGCCGGAGCGCACUCUUAUCCUACCUAAUUCACUCCUAAAUCGACUUCAGAGGUGUUUGCAUGACUUAAAAAAGAAAAGAAAAAAGUAAAACAAAUGUGUUACAGUGGAGGAUUAUCUGCAAAAUUUGGUGGGGACCUAUUUAAUGGUGCACAAUAUGCAUGCUUGUUAACCAGAACCCCGACUGAUUUUUUUUUUAUUAUUUUUUCCUUAAUUUUCUUUUAUUUUUGAAGCUCUAGUUGGCUUUAGGUUCUGGGAGUUUGGAUCCUGAUGCUCAGCUGAUAACUGCCAUGCAUUGUACUGCACACAUUUGUAAUAGAACUGAAUGACUACAAGAUUUUAUGCGCUAACUUCAUUUUAUAAAGAAAAGAGAAGAGUUUAAUAAGAAAAAAAUUGGUCUCGACAGGAAAUUCGUACAUCCGUUGUGUUACUGUUUAUUGCCCUGACGACUGAACAAUUACACGCUCUGAAACUACUGUAGUCUUUAUCAAAAAGCCAUAGUGAAAAGGUGCUAGAUGUUCUGCUUUUAGGUAUGAAAACUCACGCGCGUGAAUGCAAUAGUUUGUCAUGGACCCAUGUAUUCUUAUAGCAUGUUGAACCAAUACCCCUAAACAAUGUCAGUGAAAAUUAAUAUAGUUUAAGGGUUUUUAAAAAAGAUUAAAAGUGUUGUCAUACUUAUUUCAGUGUAGUAAUGUAUCUGCCUAUCUGGCUCUUGCUCUCAGUGUAUGAAUAUCUUAAAAAUGUAUUGUUCACAUAUAGAUAUUUUAACUCAUGGUAAUGUUAGCACYAUUUCUUUUCAGAGAGAAAUAUUUAAUAAUUGACAGUAUCCAGCAACCAUAUUAAAAAAAGAAAAAGAAAAAUGUUCCCAUUUAAGGCCUAGGUAAUGAGCUAAUUUUUAAUGACAACUUGAGAUUUAAUAGAGUCUUGUAGUCUUUCUGUUAAAGAAGUUAACGAAUAAUCUCACAGCUUGUGUGGUGCAAAACUGUUAUUUCCAAUAAGCAGCUAAAGCUUAUUUAGGAGUUGUGAUUGAUUGCUCUGUAGACGCCAUUUAUUGUUUACCAAUUAUUUUCUUUCCGCUGUGGUGGGAUAGUGGUUUACUGUUCUUAAAACUCUCCUUGGUCUCCAGGGGUCCAUGCCUGAACACCAGACUAACCCACCCACCACCAGAGCCAGGGGCAUGUGUUGUUCUGUGUUAGGCAGAUAUUUUUGCUUUGGUACUUGCACAUUUACAGUUACCUCAUUUUUCCCCUCAUGUUUGUUUUUGGUGGGUGGGGGCAAGGGAAGAGGGAGAAAACAACUAAUAUAUAUUAUAUAUAGGAAAUGGUUCUUAUAAAUGUUAUAAUUUUUUUUCAUUCCAUUGGAAUCAUAUUGUUUGUAGCAUUAACAUAACUAGUUAGUGUAUUAUAUAAACAUCUGUAUAGUGUUUGAAAUUUUUAAAAUUUGUACUUUUUUUAAAUGAAAGUUGCUAGUUAUGCUUUACCAAGUAGUGCAAUCAUUUUUUUUAAUUGUUGUGGCUGAUUUGAGAGGGUUCACUAAUAAAUGUAUGAUGUAUAUCAGUA